AUGGCGGUUGUUCAACAAACAGGAAUGAACGGAGACAUACCCAAUUUCACAAUGGGAUCUUCUGGAGAGGAUACUAUCGUCUCCGGAAAUCUCCAAGAGGAGGUACAAUGCAUUUUCCUAUCCUUUCACGUUGGAUAUUUACAUAUUAUAUAUCUUAAAAUUGAAGGACAACUUUGUGUAGGCCUGCGAAAAUAAAUAAAAUCAUUAAAAAAAUUGUAGUAAUAAUAUUAUUGAAGUCUCAACUAAGAUUACAAUCACGGCUAAAUCACUUUAAAAAAAGUAAGCCUUUGCCUUGAAAAAAAACUAUAAAAAGUUUUGAAAAGUAAAGUAAAACCAAAACUAUAACCUAAGCUAAAAAGGCAAAGAAAAUUAAAUGGUCCUCAUUGAUUUGAAACUUUUAUUGUUUAAAAAGUACGAACUACUCCCAGUCCAAUGAGACCAAUCACCAAUGUCCCCAUCCUAGUUAGGAACUUCAAAAUUUGUAUGGGAAAUCCGAAAUGGGAGUUGGGGCAGAAGAAUCUGAGUUUUGAAUUUUCGGAUGUUGAUUUUUUUUCAUUAUUAAACUAAGGACUUUUUUGUUAUAAAAUUGUGGUAUCCUUCCUCAUUCACAUGUUUACAAUAGGGGACAUCUUGUUUUAACCUACUCACCUAAUCUAAUACUAUUAGGUAGUUUGGUAAGAUCCGGGAAGUGCCGAAAACGGGUAUCGUGAUUUCGUUGUCAAAAUGGCGACCUCCACUUUUUAAUUUACAGAGAGUCACAUUGUUUACGACUUUUUAACUAUAUAUAGCCCAGCAUGUUAAUUCUAUUUCCGCCCACAACUUAGAGUAGACAUGUUGUGUUAUGAGUCCCCCAAAAAAUUUUAGGGCUUCACUUUGAAAAUUGAAGGUAAAAUAACGCAAUUUUUACUCAUUCAUAUUUUUUUUGUGGAAAGUAUCCUUUCUUUGAAUUUCAGGGACUUUAUAAAUAAUGGCAUUAACUACAACAUAUCCAAGACAUGCUAAUUGAGGCCCAUCAGUUUGGUCAGAAAUUUACUCAGAAAUUUUAAUCACGUGUGUCCCAAAAUUACCUAUUAUCGUUAAUAUUUGUUGCUAUGGUAAAUAACCUUAUUUAUUCUGGAAAUCAAGCCUAUUACCUCCUAAUAACUCAUUAAAAAAUAAAAAUAAAAUAAUUAAUAAAACAAACACAUAUUUUUAAUAUGAUUUGAUGCUUUUAUUGAGGGAUAUUAGGUUAAAAAAUCCUAAUUAAUUACAAUUAAUAGUUAACUAUUAGUUUUAUAUACUGUUAUAUGUAUACUAUUAACUAUAUAUAUUAUAGUAUUUAUAAUAUAUAUGUAUGUAUAUAUAGAGGCCUAGAAUAGUAUUCCUAUUAUAAGUGUAUGCCCCCCCCCCCCAAAAUUAUUUGUAGGACCCAUUAUUCAUAUGUAAUGAUUUAUAUGGUGAUUCUUAAUGCAUAAAUUAAGUAAAAAUGUACAAAAAAUAUAGGGGUUACAUAAUUAGACUUUAUUGCGCUACUGUAGUUUUAUUUAUUUACUAUUGAGAUAUUGUAUUGUACGAUUUUGAGACCAGAUUGUACGAUUUUAGGGGUUGGAGGGUAAACAGGUCUGUUAUUCAUAUGUAAUGAUUUAUAUGGUGAUUCUUAAGGCAUAAAUUAAUUAAAAAUGUACAAAAAAUAUUCACUUACCUUUGGUAUUGAAAUAUCCUAUAUUUAAUCACAUAUCACACUAUUCCAAAAGAGAAUUAUUUUAUAAUCCUCAGUAUUCUCAAAGAAAAAACACACUUUCUGCCACAACAAUCCAAGAAUUACAUGAGAUAUUGCUAAAAUUUAAUAAUAAAACAUUGUAAUUACCUCAAGCAAAUAACUAGAACUUAUUUAAAAUUCUAUCAACAGCCAAAGUUGAUUCUAACAAUAAAUGUUGAUCUGUGAAACAACUUCACUAACUUAAAAUAAAUGACUUACUAUUUUUGUCAUAUUCUCACAUUCAUAUGGUAUGGGACUAAAAUACAUUUUAUAGAAAAUGGUAAAAUAAAAAGUGUAAUAGUCAAUUUUAAUUUAUUGAAACAAAUAAUCUCUUUAUUAUUUGUAUAUACUUAUAAAUUUUAAACAAUUCCACAGAAAAUUUGAAAUUAAUAUCUUAAUAAUGUUUUAUUAUUAUUAUGAUUUUUGGGAAAUUGAAAAAAAAUAUUUAUACAUAAUUAAUUAAUUAAUUACUAAGUGACGAGUCAGCAUAUUAUAUAUAUUUGUAAUAGGAAAAUAAUAAAGAUUUUAAAAAUAAUUUUUUGCGGAAUAUUAACAAAAACUAACUUAUAUUUUGUGGUUUUAUUUAGAAGUACUCUAAUUAAAAUAUGUUCCCUGUAAAUAUUAUAUUUUUGUGUCAUUUUAUAAUAAAGUUAUAGGCCUUAAAAAAAAAAUCAAAAUGAGGGUCACGAAAUGUGGAGGAAAAUCCCAUAGUAAAAAAGUGCCUUUUUGAGGUCCCUACUAAAAAAUUCAUAACUUUUGAACCACUUGAGCUAGAAAGUUGAUCUUGGUGUUUUUGUAAUCUAUUCUCCAGGCUCUAUACAGCUGUAGUAUUUUUAUAUUUUAAAAAAUGUUUUGAAAUUUUAAUCAAAGUGCCUAACUAAUACUAAUAGGCAAUGUCUAUUUGUCCGGCGACCAAGUCACAUGACCGCCGUAACAAAGUGGCGAGAGAUAUCUUGUCGGUCAGCCUUGUCAAGUGAAUGCGAAAGAUUCAAAACUAUUGUUAAUUUUAAAAUCUAUUUCUCUACCAAGUAAUGUACUGAGUACUUUGAAUGCAAAUAAUAGAAAAAAACCUAAGUGAAAGUGGCUUGUAAACAUUUUUGUUUAGUUUGUUAUUUGAGUUUGUGUACCAGUACCAGUAAUCCAUAAAAUAAAUUUGGGGCCAAUAUGGAGUAGGCAACCAAUAAAAGUAAAAGAUUACAUUUUAAAUUGUUUAAAUUGCUACAAAAUAUUAAAAAACUUCUCAUGAAACUACUGUUACUGAUGAACAUGAUAAUAUAAAUAUAGUAUAAAAUAUUUUAAUUAAAAUGGGGGGGGGGGGGAAACAAUCCUAUACCAGGUAUUGAUCCUCAAAUCAUAAUGUCAAGCGACCACUCUACCACAAGACCACACAAUAUCUGCCAAAUUGCACUUCGUUCGGAAUAAUAAGAACUACUAGCCGUCCGGCAGUCACGUGACAUGCCGCCGGACGUAUAUCUCGCGCACUAUUUGUCCGGCGUCGACAAUUCGAAUCUAAUAAUGUCCAACAAUGUUCCCUCUAAGAUUUGUUGUUUCAUGUGCAAAAUCAUACAGUUGUGUGCAAAAUUUUACAGCCCACAAACACACACGUACAUGGAAAUUUGCUGCACCGCUGCGCACAUAUUCAAAACUGCUGCAAGGUGUCUGUGAGAUAGCUAUGCAGCUUAAAGGGAACAUUGAUGUUCAACAUACUUUUUGCCUUUUUUGAUGUAUCUUAGUUUUGGAAAUUCAUAAGUAUAUAUAAUAUAAUGGCAUCUUUCCCUUUAAAAUUUGUUAUGAAGUUCAAAAUAAAGGUCUUUAAUUUAUAUUAAAUAAUGAUAGGCAUUAUAGAUUGAUGUAUAAGAUAAGAUUCUUUUAUUGAUCCAAAUAAAUGGAAAUGUUUUUUGAUUGCAUUAUACAUUUUCAGCACAUAUGUCGCAUAUAUAAAACAAUUUGAAGACAAGACAUUUAUAAUAAAUUAUCUCAAACAGCCACUCAGUGAGUGCUCUUAGCCAAAUCGGGGAAUUAUUAAUUCUCAUGAAGAUGUUUGACAUCAGAGGGAGCACGCCGGUAAAUUCGUACAGGUUGGGGAACAAACGAAUUUUUAUAUUUUUCAGUCCUCGCCCUGAUGGAAAGAGUUCGUCCCGAACGACCCGAUCCAUAGUAUUUGUGAUGAAGAGGGUGUGAUGUAUCAUCCAAAAUGUGUUUAGUUUUACAAAAACAUCUUUCUUCAAAUAGUUCUUCAAGUGAAGGAUUUUUAGUUUGUGUUAUGUUCCUAGCUUUCUUGAUCAGUCGGUUUAUGCAGUGUUCAAUAUCAGACAAUGAAUUCCCACACCAGCAGGUAAUACUGAAAUUAAGUAGGCUUCCAAUUGUUGCACUGCAGAAUAAGUUAAUGAUUUGCUUAUCUACGCUGAAAUUGUACAUUCUUUUGAGAUAGAACAGUCUUUGGUUGAAUUUCUUAUACAGCAUUUGGCUGUGCUCAUGCCAUUUUAGAUUAUUAUUAAUGGUGACACCUAAGUACUUGUAUGCCUCCACAUAUAUAUAAUAAGUAUAUGUAACAUCUGUGACAUUCUCAUUGAUGUAGGUCGUGUCCGCUGUUCAUUACACUUGUACCAGUAACCUGCAUUAUCCGAUCGUAAGGUCGCUCAGUCUAAUUUUGACCAUGGUGAGGGCCAUGCCCCCUUUUUAAUGGUGGAAAGUGCCAAUCAUGGCCAUUGACCAAUGCUUAGGACUUAGGAAGUAUUCAAUUAUUACCAUUUAUAUCAAAAUCAGUGAUAACUUGUUUUUAUGGAAUGAAACUAGGAGUAAUUUAAACAAUAAUAUUUUAAUUUGAGUUUUAAAAACCCCUGUAAGUACAUAAUAUGAAUGAUCAUAAUUUGCAGUGUGCAAAAUCUUGUCAUGGACAACCUCACCAUUCACAGUCCUUGCAUGUCUUAUACUUAUACUACUAUUUUAUUGUAUUUUUUUCAAAGUUCCAUUUCUACGAGAAUGAAUGUACUGUGUGCAUGUAACACUAUUAAUUCAUUGGUCAAAGAAAGCUUUGAUUAAUUAGUCAUGUGCCAAAGUUGAAAGUUCAAAAUAUUAUUAUUACUAAAAAGUGGUUUUGUAUAGUGCGGUAUCCCAGCCUAGGGCUGGGCUCACCACGCUGUACAUACAAUUUAACAAACAUAAUCAUGAACUUAAAAAUUAACAUACAUUAAUGAAAUAAAAAAACAGCUGUAUAAAAACAAAACAAAAUUAUUUUCACUCCACCCAUUCCAGAACUAUUUACAUGUCAAGCCAUGGACGGCGCCCAGCAGCAUCGUUUAUCGGUCAGAGGGGGGAAAUCAGUCAGGAUAGUAGAGUUUACAGAGAUGUGUUUUGAGUGCAGGUUUAAAGGCCUGUAUGCUCAGUAUAUUGCGGAUGUUUAGUGGAAAAAUCGCUCACCGUAUUUUUGUGUGCGUGUCUUGUGAACAGAAAGAAUAUGCUUGUCUGUGGAGGAGCGAAGCUGUCGAGGGGGUGAAUAGACAGAGAGAAGUUCAGUGAGAUAUGAAGGGCAGGAAUUUGAGAAAAAAAUGUGGCAGAGAACAGAGAGUUUGUAGUCAAUCAGUGCUUGUACAGGGAGCUAAUGAAGUAGUGGUGUGACAUGAUCACGUUUUUUUUGCCUUUUGAACUAGCCUAGCAGCUGAGUUUUGAACCUUUUGCAAUUUUUCUAUGAAGUGUUUUGGUGGACCUGAAAUAAUUAGUCCCAAACUAGUAUUAUUUUUAGGGGAUGCCUUGCCUUACAUAGAUAGUGAGUGAACAGAAGAUCCAUAAUCAAUAUUUAAUGUAAUACGGUUUUGAGGUCUUUACUAAAAUAAGACUAACAUUACUAAUUCAUUUUUUUUUUUUUAAAACAGUUUCUGUUUAAUUAAAAUUCAUCCAUAGAUAUUUUAAUUAUAAAAAUCCAAAAUUCUUGAGGUUAGGACCAACAGGUUGGUGAAAAGAAUUUCUGCACAUUUUUUGUCACCUGUGUCCCAAAAUUACCUAUUUUCCAUAACUGUCUUUUUAAAAGUAAAUAACUUGAUUUACACUGGAAUUCCAGCUCAUUUAAAAAGAAAAUUAGCUAACACAAAUACAUAUUUUUAAUAUGAUUUGAUGCUUUUAAUGAGGGGUAUUGAUUUUGGAAGUGGGUUAAAUUAAAUAGGCCUUAUUAUUACAAAUAAUAUAUAUAUAUAUAGAUAUAUAUACAAGGCCUAUAGUUAUAGAAUAUUAUAUAGUAUUAUGAGUAUAGGCCUUGCCCAACCCCAACUUAUUAUUUGUAGGACUCGUUAUUCAUUAUAUGUAAGUAAUCAUAUUUUAAUGAAUAUUAUGAUUCUUAAGGCAUAAAUUGAGUAAAAAUGCCAAGGAUAUUCACUUUCCUUUGCUAUUGACAUUGAAGGAUCCUUAUAUUUAAUCACAAUAUUCCACAAGAGAAUUAUUAUACAACCCUAUAAGUAUUCUCAAAGAAAUAAAACACUUUCUGCCAUAAUCAUAAUUUAUUACCAAAGAACAAUGACACACCAUUAAAACUUGUCUUUACCUCAAGUGAAUGACUAGAACUUAUUUUAAUUUCUCAACCACCAAAGUUGAUUCUAACACCACAUGUUGAUUUGUGAAACAAGAUUAUUAACUUUAAAAGAAAGACAAAUUUUUUGUCAUAUUCAGAUGUGACUGAAAUACGUGUACCUGUAUAGAAAAUGGUAAAAUAAAAAGUAUAAUCAUCAAUUUUUUAACUAAAUGAAUCAAAUAUUAUGUAAACAAAAUAAAAUAAAUACAAAUAUGUGAUGAGUCAUUAUAUUUUAUACAUUUUAAUAAGGAAAAUUAUAAAGAUUUUAAAAUAAUUUUGAUUAAUAUUAACAAACCCUAAACUGAGAAUAUUUUGUGGCUUUAUUUAGAAGAUCUCUUAUUUAACAAUGUCUCAUUUUCUAACAAAGUUAUAGGAGUAAAAACAAAAAUUAAAAUCUCGAAAUGUGGAGGAAAACCCUACACUUUGAGGUCAUUACUAUAAAAUUCAUAACUUUUGAACCACUUGAGCUAGAAAGUUGAUCUUGAUGUUUUUGUAAACCAUUCCCUAGGCCUAGGCUAUAUACAGAUGUAGUAUUUUAUUAUAUUUUUUUUUAUGUUUAUAAAUUUUCAUCAAAGUGCCUAGUAUUGCUUAAGGAAACUAAUUACUGAUAUUAACUAUUUUAUUAACUCAGUAACAGUUCAGUAAACAAAAUAUUAUGAUUUCUCUUGGCAUCAAAGACAACAGAAGAUUGGUCAUUUAUGAAUUAUUUGCCUUAUCUAGCAACCCUACCAUUUAUUUUACCCCUAAUUUUGUUAUUGAAUUGAAAACAAUAGAGCUUAGAAAAUAAAAUUGUGACUUAUUACAAAAAGUGUUAAUGAAGAAAUGUUUUAAAAUAUAUAAACAUUUAUAUCAUUAUUUAGAAGCUAAAGUCGAUUAUGUUCUUGAAUCCCUUUUCCUCACACUCCCUGAAAUUCCAAGUUGGGAAACCUUGUUUUAGAAGUAGAGACUUUUAGUUGACUCUAAAAGUUAAGGUGGUUACUUGAUUUUUUUUUAAAUUAUCAAGGAGGGAAACAGACAUAAUUGCAAAUUAUGUUAGUAUGGCUGUUAAUAAUGAUUUUAAAUUAUGUGGUUUUUUUGGUCCAUUCUUGGUGUCAUUUAUUUUAUAACUUUACUUCGUUAUCAGUCCUUUUUGUAUUUUUGUUAAAUUAGUUGGCAAGGACUGGGAGCUGCAUGCAACUCUUAGAUAGAUGUAGAUUUUAAAUUUACUAUUUUGUUUACAAUUCGCCAUGGCCUGCAACUCCCAAAAUAUUUUCUUAUCAGAUGUAAUUUACAAGAAAAGCUCCUUCCUCAAAAAAGGUUUCCAACCCCUGAGGCAUUUGAACUUAAAUUGAAAAAAAAAGACUGCCAUUAAUAAUUCUUAUUCACAGGUUAUAGUAAAAUCUUUAUGUUGACAUCUCACUUUUAAAUUUGUUAUUGUCAAUAAAUUUAAAUUAUUGUCUUGUCCUGAAACCACAUCAACUGCUUGAUGCCACAAAUAAUCAUUUUUAUAAUUAUUAUGGAAAUGAGUGAACACUUGAAACUGGAAAAUGCAAUUUAUUGUGAUUACAAUGAUAAAAUAUUAAAAUUAUACCAUUUCACAAUAUCACUUUUUAGAUUGAAAAUAUUCAACGUGUAAUCAAAGUGACACGUAAAAAGCUGGAAGCGAUGAAUGAGGAAUUUGGCAGGCAUCAGCACCCCCCAGCUAUAUAUGUACAGGUAUUCUAAUGUUAUAGCAGCCUAUUGUUACUUGUAACGGGCAGACCAAUAUCAAGAAAUAUUGAACAUUUAUUAUAAAACCAUUUCUGCCAAAAAGACAUUUGAUUCAUAUACAAAGCGGAGACAAACGAGAAAAAUCCACCUUUAAUAAAGUGUUGAAAUUAUUGCUUAAUUCUGAGAUAAAUAACUUUUAACUAUUUUUAAAAAAUUUUAAACUAGGAAUACGAAGAGCUUGCCAACAAAAUACAUGAGUAUCAACUCAGAGAACAGAAGCUACAGGAUCAGAUAAGUAUUGGGGGUGGCACCCCUCCACCAUCUCCUGACAGAUCCAUGCAAGAAGAGCCGCUCCGCUCACCAGGACCUCCCCUUACACAAAGCAACAGCAAUAAUAAUCUUCAUCAACUAGCUGCUGGACAAAGGAGCCCGCAGUCAGGUCCCCGUUCUGCAAAUGCUCAUAUCAAGGCAUACUUACCUAACAGUAUGGUUACAACAGUAAGUACAAAGGAGUAUAUUAAUAGGUGGUAGUUGAUUGAUCAUCAGAUUGUUUAAUGUUAAUAAAACAUUUUUUUUUGCUUAGGUUGUUGCUAAACCAGGCACAACUCUCAAAGAUGGUCUUAUGAAGGCAAUGAAAAGGAGACAGUUGGAUGCUUCUAAAUGUCAAGUAUUCAGACAUAAAACAAGGUAAACAGAUAUUUAAAGAAAAAUUGUUUAAGGUAGGAUUCAAGAUGAUUUAUUAUUUUAUUUUAAACAACUUAUUCAUAUUUUAUUUCAGGAUACAGCUAACGUGGAAUACAGAUAUGGGGGAGCUGGCAGGGCAGGAAGUUUCUGUUGAGCUCAUGGAGGUUGAUGAUGAUAGUAGCAUGACAAGAUCCAUGCCUCGAACUGUUGUUUUAUCACAUAAUUAUGUAAGCUUCUUAAGUUGGUGAAUUUAAUUUUUUUAAAUGAACAGGUACUUCUAAUUGUUUAAAAAAUAAUGGUCAUAAUAUGUAAGUCAAAUUGAACUUGCCUUUUCUUUCAUUUUAACUAUGAAACUUUAUUCCACACAGGGGAGAAAAACUUAUUUUUCAUUGACUUUCUGUGACAUAUGUCGCAAUCUCCUGUUUCAAAGUAUUCGUUGUCAAACAUGUGGGCUUAAAUUUCACCAACGCUGUGAGGAAAAGGUCCCACGUAAUUGUCAAGGAGACCUGGAGGUUUAUCUGCGUAAUAUUAGAGAUUCAUCUCGUGAACAGGUCCAUCAGUGAGUCUCUUUUUUUUUUUGUAUAUUUUAAAAUUGUGUGCUCUAAAAUUAAUACUUCUUGAGAUAAAACUUAGAAUAAAAAAUAACUUUAUUGUAUGGUAAAACAAAAAAGAAAUUAAAUAAGAUCCAGUAAGACAUUGAUGAACUUAAUGUGCUUUGACCCCGUCCAGAUUCUUAAAUUAUCUGGAUUUUUUGUUAUCCCUUUAUCAAAUAUGUGUUGUAAAUAUUUUUGUUUUUUUGUUGUUUUUUUUCUCAUAGUUUUUGGUCAUGUUUUAUUAGAGAUCCAAAUGUGUUAACUUUAAAUAAAUCUUGUUUUGACUCUUGCUCCACAUAAUGUUUUCUUAAAUGAAACUCUUACUGUAUGUAUUUUAAUAAUGUUAUUUAUAUCUCCCAAAAGAUUUUUGUCAGAAAAUCAAGGUCCUCCACCAACUAGAAGACAAGCACAAUCUACAUCAAGAGGGGGUCAUGUGAGUCGACCGCCUGCUCCACAGUUAGGACAUAGAGAACGGUCUACAUCAGCACCAAAUGUUUGUGCCAACAUUGUAGAAAGUGGUGACAUCACUCAACAGGUUAAAAUAAUGCCUUAUUCUCAUCGUUUAAAGUUUAAAUUAUUCUCAGCCCUUGCUUAAAACAGUGUGGUGAAUAUGCAAGUAUUUAUUUAUUAGAGUAUUACUGUGUCAUUCUGUAGCUUCAUCUUGUGUGAGGGAUGCAUAUUUUUGUCAGGGCUCUUCAUUCCAGGUGUCCAAUGGUUUGAAAAGGAUGGUAAAAGGGGCCUAUUUUAGUAUUAAAAUAGAGUGAUAUGAGAUAUGUUAGGGUUGAUAUGGGGGAAAGUUCCAGCUCCAUCCAAAGCUCUGAUUAAUGUAUAUAGCUACGUUAAUAUUUUACUUGACAACAUCUGAGAACAAUUGUCUUUUUUUCAUGCAUCAUGUGGCAGUUCAUUAUUUUUAUUUAUUAUCAUUUUAUGUAUUAAUAAAUGUUUUUACUAAUUUCUUUCAGGAAUACCUUCGAAGAUUGAGAGAGCUUCAAAAUGUUCAUGCAAGUAAGUAAUAAAGAUGAUUAUACAUUUUUAAUAUGGGAAGGACUAUAAUUGGGUAAAUAAUAUUUCUUAGUUGAAGAGGUUGAUUUUAUUGUUUAUAUUUAUUGCACUUACUUUACCAAUUAAUCAUUCAAAAAAAGAUAAAGCUGAACAUGUACACACAAAAAAUAGUACACUUGCCGUUAUCAUACCUGUCAGCUUAAAUAUUAAAAAAAACAAUUGUAUUCCUACUUUUUUUCAUUAAAUUUUCUGUAAUGGUUAUUUUAGAGUUUACUUUUUUUAUAAAUAUACUUAAUUGAAAGUAACAGUUCAGUUCAAACAUUGUCUUAAUUAAUUUUUUUGCAGUGAGUUUUAAACUUCAUUAUAAAAUAAAACAUAUUAUUAUUUUUAUUUUAAAAAAAUCGGAUUUAUACUAAAAAAAAUUGUGCUUGAAGAUGGCAUAAGUAUAUUAUUAGUUAUGAUUUGAAUAAAGCAACUGUGUAAUAAAAUUAUUUAAAUGCCUGGUCUCAUGGGGUUUGGAUAUGGGUUUUUGUUGCAGUAGAGUGACAGGUAUGGAUUAAAAGUGUUUGAUGUUUUUUAAAUUUUUUUAAUAAAGAGAAACUUGUUGCUUGGUGCAUAUCAUGCAUCUUAUUUUUUUUACUUUUCUUUUUCUCAGGAUGUUUUUAAAAUAUUUUUUUAUGAAGGGAAUAGUUUUUGCCCACCCUACUACACUCUAUAUUAUUCUAUAUAUUUCUAGACUUGUGGUUGCUUGACUUCCACAUUGUAAUACUAUUGCAGAUAUGUUUCCAAGCUAUCGCUAUAAUUUCUAUAAGGACAAACGUCAUGCUAGUGAUAGCAGUGCCUCCUUCACAAAAAAUCCUCCAAUAUCUCAAAACAGAGGUAUCACAAAUGCAACUUUUUGUAUGAAAAAAACUGCUUAGCAUGUAUUGGCAUCUAAUCAAUAUUUAACCAUUUAUGUUAGGUACCACACUUUCAAUUCUGUUUAAUUUAGCAUGGAACUCUUUUAGGGUAUAAAAUUUUGGGUUUCUCUAACCAGAGUGAUUAUUUUGACUUAACACCUGAUAAUUCUCCUCUCUCCCUGAGCAAUUUAUGCAGUUAUGUUUGAUUUUUUUAAAAAUAUAUUUAAUUUGCAGUUAUAAUUUCUUUGUCUUGUGAUUUAUGUGAAUGGAUAAGAAAAAUUAUUUAUUUUGAUUAUUAUUUAAUUGCAAAUAAUAUCUGUUUCAAUUCAAUUUUGUCUUGAAAUUUGAGAGAAACCAAAAGAUCAGAAUUAUAUGAUGCUUAUGUCUUUCAUCAUACUUGAACAUUGUCAUCUCUAGAAUGGCCUGCUUAUUCUUGAUUUGCUUACACUAACACAGGUUUAAUUUAUUGAUGCAUGACUACUUAUAUAUUUCAUUUAACUAUCAAUUGGAAUAAAAGCACAUUUGAAGAUUUUAUUUAUAUAAUGUAAUUGGUACUGACUGCUUUGAUCAGGGACAAUAUGGGGAGAUGCCAUGCAAAAAAUAAUUACCAUCCCUUUUCAGCUGACAUGUUUUACUUAACCAUUAGCAAUAUUUAUCCAGCAUUUGAAAGUAGCUUGACAUUGUUAUGUAUCUAUUUACUAAAUAUUCUCAGGUCAACAGAAUCAGACAUUAACUCUUCCUUCACAAUCGCCUGCGGGAAGCCCUACAAAAAGUGCUCAUUCAUCUCCCACUAUUGCUAUUAAACAUGUUCGUCCACGUGCAAAGUCAGUGGAAACUGAUCCAGGCAAAAGAACGGUAUUUUAGAAAAAUAUUUUAUAUUCCAUAGAAACAUUGGGAGGGGUGGGGGGUGUGUUAAAUAGUAUUCUAUGUAAUCAGAUAUUUGGGUUUUCGGCGUGAAAUUGUACUGAAAUAAAUUACUUGAAAUGUGAUCAAACUUUUUUUUUUUUAAGGGCUAUGACAUCAUGUGGUUAUAUAUUAAUUUUCAUAGAACCGCAAUUUCGGUUGAUUCCAGAUUUAAAAACUUUACCUGAAAAAUAUAUUUUUAAAAAUAUUUUAAAAAAAAUUAAUUGAAAUACUCGUAUUCUUUUAACGUGAUGGCUCCUAUACACUUUCUGUUUAGUUAUAUGUAGUUUUUUUUUCAUCUUUCAGCGAGCAAGAAGAGACUCUAAUGAAGAUUGGGAAAUCCCUAAUAUUGAAAUUAUGUAUGAUCGUCAAAUUGGUUCUGGUUCUUUUGGGACUGUGUUCAAAGCUCACUGGCAUGGGCCUGUAGCAGUUAAAAAAUUGAAUGUAACUGAUCCAACUCCAGCACAGAUGCAAGCUUUCAAGAAUGAAGUUGGUGUGCUGAGGUAUUAUUGUGUGACCUUAAAAAUUAAAACUAAAUUUAAAGCAAAAUUUUAAUGCACUUUUGAACUGUUUAAAAGUGGUUUGGAUAGCUAUUUUUACAUUAAAUUUUUUUAAAAAAGCUUAUGAAACUGUUUUUCUAUAAUUUUACCAAUAAAUUUGUUUGUAAUCAUAUUAUUUUUUGUGACUAUUUUCUGUUUUUUCCCUAUAGAAAAACACGGCACUUAAAUAUUUUACUUUUUAUGGGUUUGGUUUCAAAACCACACUUAGCCAUUGUUACACAGUGGUGUGAUGGACAUAGCUUGUAUAAGCAUUUACAUGUACAGGAGACAAAAUUUCGCAUGGAUCAGCUUACAAUGAUUGCAAAGCAAACGGCUCAAGGAAUGGAGUAAGUUCAUUUCUUUUGGUUAGAUCAAGUAAGAUGUUUUGCAAAUUUUUUUACUUACAUUUUAAAGAAUAAAUACUUUUUUUUUUUCAUGUUAAUAUUUGUUUUGACCUUUUUCUACAGUUACCUACAUGCAAAGUCUAUAAUCCACAGAGAUUUGAAGUCUAAUAGUAUCCUUUUUACAAUUACAAAGAACUUUUUUUACACUAAAUAUGUAAAAAUAUAUUUCUGGCUUUGAUAAUUAAAUAAAAUGCCUUAAAAAAUUCAUUCAGCUUUUUUUUUUUGUUUUCUACUGACUUUCAAGAACUUACAUAAGUACCUGAGUGAAAUCCCAGUGGCAGUCAAAGAAAAUUUCAGGUGUUGAUUCACUGAAAACCAUUGUUAAAUUUUACAGAUCAAGGGGAAAUGAAUUUUAUUGCAUCCCUAACUUGUGUAGAUAUCUUUUUAACUGAAGUAUGUACAGAAAACAUGACUGUCAAGAUUGGAGACUUUGGAUUAGCCACUGUGAAAACAAGAUGGAGUGGCUCUCAUAUGUUUCAACAACCUUCAGGAUCUAUAUUAUGGAUGGUAUGAAUUUUCUUUUAUAUUGUACAAUAUCUCUUAUAUACAUUACGCUUCUGGUGUGACUCGUCGACUGCUUCCUAAUAGGCUGCUUCCUAAUCAGCGAAUUUGGUAUUGAGAGUACAUUACAAAUAAUUCUAAAUGUUUGAAAGAAUGUAUGGUUCAGUAGCGCACAAAAUAUAAGUCCCGAUAACUACGCUAAAUAAUUUUUUUUAAAAAUAACACAACUGCGCUUUGGUGUGUAAUAUUUUCUUUUCGGAAAAUGAAAUCGUUUCAAUCUAAGUAUGGUGUAAAUAAUAUUCGGUUUAAAAGUGGUUGGGACAUCAGAAUAUUUAAUAUAGUUCAAGGGCGAGAAAUAAAAAGUCUGCAGUGAUGUAACAUGGGGGGAAAAGCAAAAAUUGGUAUUCUUAAAUGUGUGUAGUUGAGUUCACUCUUUCUCCCUGGAUAAACACUCCCAUCGUCGAUUUUAAAUGGGGUUUUGGGGGGAUUGAUGACGGGAUCAUCGAUAUAUAAAAACCUGUUUGUUUCAGCUCCUUUCUUAGCUAUUGGUUUUUUAUUACUUUUAAUCAAAUCUAGAAUGAUUUCCAUUUGAUAAACAUCCGGUUUUUCUUUAUUUCAAAGAGUUUUUACAUAAUACGAAGUGUUUGAAGCAGUUGUUUUGAUUGUCCAUUUUAUUUUUGUUUACAAACAUGAAAGCUUGACCUGACCCAUCUGGUGAUCGAUCUAAUAACGGUUGAAAAUAUUACUGUGAUGAUUCAGAUGAUUUUAUGAUUUUGGAUGCAGAGGCUGAUUCUAAUGAAUCGUAUAAUUAUAAUCAUAUUACUAAUAUUAGUAGUACUAGAAACGAAAUAAUGAAAUUGAUAAUUUAUCAACUGAAAAACAACCAGCCCUGCCCCCAGCUAAAGUGCCUUCUAAUAGAGCUUAUACUGUUCCUACUAUAAAUAAUGCAGAUUCUAAAAGGAGAGCUGCUGAUCUUAGCAUUAAAACUGAGUGCAAUUUCAGAUUUUUACCUUUGACUUUAAAAAUGUAGGUGCACUUUGCUAGACACGCAUAAUAUUAUUCACAAGCUUGUACUCGCAAUAAAUGGGUAUGCUUCAUACAGAAUUAAAGUCUACACUCUAACAAGACUUAUCGUAGCAAAACUUGUGCCUAUUAGCUCCAAAAAGGACAGUGUGCAAACACUAUAAAACUGGGUAAACUGUACUGGUAUACGUUUGUGCUCGAUGAGUCAAAUCCACACAUCCACAUGAAUUGUUUUCAGGCUUACUAUAGCUAAAACCAGAUGAAAAGAUAAGACAAAAUUAUUUUAAAUUUUCCAUUUAACAUAAGAAAUGUUAGUGCAUACAAGGAUUCAGUGCAAAUAUUUUCUAAUAGCAAGAAAUUGUUUCCAGUGGAAAUAGUUAAGUUUUUUUUUUGGACAUUUUUUGUGUGGCGGUGACAAUGGAUAAUGUGCUCUGGUGUUUAAUUUUUUUCUUUUUGUUAAUGUGAUCUUUAUUAUUUGUGAUGCACAUAUGGAUGUAGUUCAAAAGUAAAAACAUUUUUGUAACACUUUGGAUUAUAAAAUUUCUCUUUGUGUGACUUGGAAUUAGCUUUUUGUUAACAUUUGGUGAGUUUAUUAUUUAAAAUUUUUAUUUUCCUUAAAUCAUCACAUUUAUAUAUUAAAAUUUAAACCCAAGUCUAUUGUCUGUUAAGAGCAUGCAUUUCCCUUUAAUUCCUUAACAAACUUAAAAUAAUUUUGUCUGCUCCUUGUACACAUCAAUCCCACACGCUGACGGCCUUAUGGCCUUGAGAUUUUUCCUAGAAAAUAAACUCUAUCCCUACUGACACUAUUAUCAGAUUGGCUGAACUGGUACUUAUCCUCAACUCCUUUGAAUUUAAUGGCCAUUUCUUUGAUCAAAUCAGUGGGGUAGCCAAAGGCACAAAAAUGGGCCCUAGCCAUGCUUGCCUAUUCAUGGGUCAUUUUGAAUAUUUGGUAGAGAGGGCAUCUACUGGCCGUAUUCCUGAAUUUUAUAGGAGAUACAUAGAUGAUAGCUUAGGUAUCACCAGCAUGGAAACUAACGAUCUCCAAAAAUUUAUAUAUUUUUAAAAACUCAUUUCAUCCAUCCAUAAAAUUUACUUCUCAAAUCUCUGGACAUUCUGUCAACUUUCUCAAUAUCACCAUAACAUUGAAAGAAAACAAAUUGAUCACAUCUGCCUACUACAAACCAACUGACAGCCAUAGUUACCAUAGUUACUCAUCCUCCCGCCAAAAUCAUGCAAGACUCUAUACCUUUCUCACAACUUCUUAGACUGCGGCGUCUCUGCCAACUUGAUGAGGCAUUUUUGGGAAGAGCUGAUGAAAUGAUGGAUUUCCUCCACUCCAGAUCCUAUCCUGAAACUAGUCUCAGCACUAGGUCGCAUCAGCACUAUCACACGGAAAGAGGCAUUCAAAACUCGUCAAAACAACAAUGAAGAUCGUACAAAGCUUAUACUAAUCAACCACCCUCACAAUUUAACUACCAAAAAAAUAUUCUAAAAAAUCGUGGCAUGCUUCUUGCUGACCCCAAUACUAACAUGGUUUUCUCAUCCCCUCCACUAAUUGUAUUUAGACGGGACAAAAAUCUAGGUGACCUUCUGGCCCUCUACCAAAUAUUCAAAUAGUCACCUUCGAUCUGAACCGACUUACUUUCGUACUAAACCAUGCUAAAGAAACCGCUGUAGAACUUGUCCCUUUACACUCAAACUGAAAGCAUUAGCUUCCCUAAAGGUACCUUUACAUUUAAAGAGGGUUUCACCUGCAUCAGCUGUAAUGUACUAUAUGCGAUAGUGUGCUGUAGAUGCCAAUCUAGUUAAAUAGGUGAAACUGGGAGAAGAUUGGCUGAUAGAUUCAUUGAACAUCUCCAUGAUAUUGAACAAGGUAAGCUUUCCCCAGUCUCUUCACAUUUCAACAGAGAUGAACAUAAAGGUGCAUUAGGUGUAACCAUUACAGCACUGAUUUCAUGUAGUAACACACCAGAGAGGGUUAAACUGGAAAAUAAAUUUAGUCAGCUGUUUGGCACCAUAUCUCAAUAUGGUAUUAAUCAAAUAGUAUCCUACUCACGUUUUUCUGUAUUUCUACUAUUUUCUUAUUGGUGUGUGUUUAUGUAUCCCUGGAUAUUCUGGUCCAUAAUUGUGGACCUUAUUUUUCACAGCGUCAAUAUUUAUAUUCUCUCACUUCCUGUAACCCUAUUUCCAGCAACAAUGGAUAUUUCUUGAGUUGUUUACUGUGCUCUGUUCCUUGUGAUAUUUUCAUUUGUCCUGUGUGCUGAGGAAGGCUCUAUGCCGAAAUGUUCUAAUCUUAUUGUCCUGUCCUUACAUUCAAGCUUCCACAUACCUCGCUUUGCUAUUUCAUUUACCAAACUUAACAUUUUCUGAUGAAAAACAAAAAGUUAUGAUGGUUUAGAGAUCACACACACAUAGUAGUGCGUAACAAAUAUGCAAAAUAGUUAAUUCCGUCAGAAAGCGGAAAUUACUUCAGGAGAGAAAGAGUUAAUGUUUUUUCGAGUAACUUUAGUAGAUGGGAAGUUCACGCAUUGCUGUCGCCAAUGUUUGGCAGGCUAUAUCUAGUAUAUAUAUUUUCAUUCCUAUAUUAGUUUAGUAUAUACAGUAGGCACUGUUUAUAUGACAGGGUUAUGAAAUAGGGGACAAUCAUAUGAAACCGAAUUAGAGGCCAUUUCAAGGGAGUGUGGGGGCACAAAUAGGAUUUUUAAUGGGUCAAUAAAAAGUCUUGAGGCUUUUAUAAUCGGAAAUUCAUAAAGCUUUAUUCUGUAUUGAUGAUGGCUUACUUCCGGUUAUAACAGCAUGACCCAGUUUGUUAAUUAAAAAAUUUCUCACAAAUAAGCUAUCAAACAUAAAUAUUUGUUGGUACCAGGGGCGUAGCUAGGGAUUUGGUGGCCCGGGGGGCUUGGCCUCUUUGGGGGCCCCUGCAUUUUGACUUCAAAAUUAUUUAAUGUAAAAAAAAAAUUCUGACACUCCUUUGGGGGCCCCCCUUUUGAAUGUGGACUCCCCUAGCUAUGCCACUGGUUGGUACCCAAUGAAAGCUUAACCAUUUUAUGAUUUUUUUUACUAAGUUAAGCAAUGUGUCACUGAGAAAUAGCCAGCUAUCUUAUAUCAAGAAAAAGCUACCCCUGUUUCCAUAUUUUUAGAAUCGGAAAUCAAAACCCACCGAUAUGAAUGAUAUAUUAAUAUUACAAUGAUUAAAUUCUUUCACUUUGGCUCGAGUUGAAAUCUCAGAAACAAUUAAUAAUAGGAAAUUAUAUAUUUUCCUCAGAAAAACAAAGUCCAGGGCUUUUUAACUAAUUAGAAAUGAACGCUGGCUAAGCUUUAAAAAAAAAAUUACAUUGAUAUUAAAAAAAAACAAGGUAUGGGGAAAAUCUCUUAUGCUCAAAAUAAACGGUGCCUACUUAAUAUAUUUAUAUCUACUCUUUAAGGUAAGCUGUCAAAUACUGUACACUUUUAUCAUUAAAUUUACUUUCAGGCCCCAGAAGUAAUACGAAUGAAAGAGCAGAACCCCUAUACAUUCCAGUCUGAUGUGUAUGCUUUUGGCAUCGUUUUAUAUGAAUUAAUGACUGGAUCUUUACCAUACGCAAAUAUAAACAACAAAGAUCAAGUAAGCUGCUCUGUUUUAUGUCUCAGCUGUUAAAUAAAUUUAUAUUAGGUACCCCGGUAUAUAAAACUGAGCUUUAAGUGUAAUAUUGUAACCUCUUUGCUACACGCUAUUUUUCAUCAGGAAAGCUUUAUUUUUAUAUCAUUUGUACUAGAGACCGACCGAAUUUCGGUUUCGGCGCCAAAAGUGGCAAUUUUAUCAUUUUCGGCCGAAACUGAAAAUUUAACUUUCGGCUUAAUUUCGGUUUCGGCCGAAAGAGAAAAGUUAACUUUUUGUUUUUCUUCGGUUUCGGCCGAAAUUGACUCAGGUUUUCGGUCAUAUAAUACUCAACGAAAGCGAUAUUUAAUAACAAACUAAGCGACAUUUAAGAACAUUCUAAGCGAUCUUUAAUAACAAACUAAACGAUCUUAAAGAACAAACUAAACGAUUUUUAAGACCGAACUAAAUGAUCUUUAAGAACAAAAUAAAUGAUCUUUAAUAGUAAACUAAAUGAUUUAUAAGAAUAAACUAAGCGAUCUAUAACAGAAAACUAAAUGUUCUUUAGGAACAAACUAAUCGAUCUUAAGGAACAAAAUCAAUUAUCUUUAAGAACAAACUAAACGAUCUUUAAGAACAAAUAAAGCGAUCAUUAACAAAAACUGGACGAUCUUUAACCACACAUUAAGCGAUCUUUAAGAACAAACUAAACUAUCUGUAACAACAAACCAGGCGAUCUUUAUGAACAAACUAACCGAUCUUUAAGAAAAAAUAAAGCGAUCAUUAACAAAAACUUGACGAUCUUUAACAACAAACUAAGCGAUCUUUAAUAACAAACUAAACGAACUUUAAGAACAAAUUAAGCGAUCUUUAAGAUUAAACUAAGCGAUAUUUUAGAACAAUCUAAGCGAUCUUUAUGAACAAACUAACCGAUCAAUAACAACCAACUAAACGAUCUUUAAAAACAAAUUAAGCGAUCUUUUAGAACCACAUUUUUUAGAGACCCUGUUUAAAAAAAUAAGUUUUUACAUUAAUUUCCCCUCCUCAAAAUAUCUUAAUAUUUCCUCUUCGGUUUCGGACGAAAUUCAUUUUUAACUUUCUGCCUUUUUUCGGUUUCGGCUGAAAUCAGAAAAUCACUUUCGGUCGGUCUCUAAUUUGUACCUUCAACAAAUUGCCAAUUAUUUACUCCACUGCAUUCCAUUAGAAGUAUUUCACAAUGGUAUAAGGAGCCAAUACUUUCAUUACUUUUUUGAUGUGCUUCUUAGGCAACACAUUAAAUUUGACACCAUUAUAGGCAUACAGUGUAACGGUUUUGAAGCUGGGGGUAACCUGUAGAGAAAGUUUGAAUUUUACCCAGAAUUACAAGUUGUUUCUUCUUUUUUUUUUUGUUUAAUGGAGCUCUUCAUGAGAUUGUUUCAGAGUUAAAUGAACUCAGUUUUUAUAAACUGUGAGCAAAGCUUAUUUGAACAAAUUCAAAUUAAUAUUGAAAUUCAAAUCAUCAUUUUUUUAUAAAUUUAAAUUAUUAUUAUUAUUAAACAAUUAAGUUUACAUUUGUGACACAUUUGUUUCAUUUGAUUCAAGAUAUAAAAUAAGGCAAAUUAAUUUUGUUAUCAGAUACUAUUUAUGGUUGGAAAAGGAUAUCUUAGACCCGACAUCAGUCAUUGUCGUAGUGACACACCUAAACAACUUAAACGUUUUAUGCAAGACUGUCUUCAGUUUGAUCGUGAUGAAAGGCCUCUCUUUCCUCAGGUAGAGAAGUUUUUGACAGUUCUUAUUUUAAGCAUUUAAAAAAAAAAAAAAAUUAAAUCAGGAAUGGCCUUUAUCAGUAUGUUGGUUGAAAAAUUAUAUUUGUGUGUUUUAAAAUUGAAAUAAAAAUACAGGAUAUUUUAUCUUUUACAAUCAAAAGUUUUUAAUUAGUAGUUGAGCUUGUUACUUGAUUUGUUUUGUUUUUUUGCAACUUGUGAGUAUAGAAUGAAUCUUAAUAUUUACUUUGUUUUCUCAGCUCCUGGCUUCAUUAGAGUCUCUCUAUGCAUCCAUACCCAAAAUUAAGAGGAGCAAAUCGGAGCCUACAAUUCACAGAACAGAUUCAUUUGACUUAGAUUUUAAACACAUGUGUGCCUCUCCAAAAACACCUAUUAACAGUCAUUUUACCCCCAAGUUUUUUUUCACUGGUGGAAACUAUUAAUCAUUGCUGGAAUUUUUAAUAUUGUGAAUGGAGACCUGAAUAUCAACAAAUUGUACAGCUGUAUACCUUAAUAUGCAAAAACGGUUAGCUGUAAACAAGCAAAAAGUAUAGGCGUGCUGAAUCGCCAUAACUCGGCAGUUGAAUCACCAUAACACGGCAGUGGAAAGUCAUAUUGCAUAUAUAUCUACACAAGACAGCAGGGAAUCUGGUUGUUUUAAUCAUUCUAAAAAAACAGGAUUAAGUGGCAGAAAAUAAAAUGGAAGUUGUAGGUGGCACUGACUUUUACAAAUAGGGUCAAUUAUUUUCUGAAAUGAAAAGAAUUAUUCUUUCUGGGGAGCUUUUUGUAUGCAUGCACUGAGGUUAGGGAUUCUGCUUACCCUUUGUGAAGAUUUUGAAGUUGUUAAGGCAUUAGAAAUCAUAUGUUAUAUUACUGGUACUGUAAAGAAUUUUUUUUUUUUUUUUUUUUUUAGAAUCC